AUGUUGUUUACCCAAAUUUUACUCUCGUUUUAUUUAUUACAACAUUACAACGUAUCAGCGCACCCACUGGCACUUCCCCCACCUCUGGUCAAGAGAGGAGUUAUAGAUGCAGUUGGUCCUAGCUGCAGCCAUUGGUUAAGAAGGAGGUCAUUGGGAAUCGAAGCCCCUGCUGAGAUUAUCAACCACCCAGCUCAAGUGAAAUCUGCCGUAAGUGCUACAAAGGAACUCACGAAAGGUACGGAGCCUCUUUCCAACGAACUUCGUGAAAACGUCAACGGGGAGCUCGGCUUGGAUUCACUCGCCCAUCCAGAGUCGAAACCACCACCAGCUACGCUUGACCCCUUGUCUCAGCCCAGUGGAACCACUUCAAUCAGUGAAUCCGGCCAUAGUUCCACUCCAAUCACAGAACCCCGCACCUCAGAUUCUCAAGAAGUUGAUUUAAAAAAGGGUGAAGGAGUUAACUCGGAAACUCAUGGAAAUGAACAAAAUGGUGUGCUACCAUCAUCUAAAGAUCACGAAAUCAUUCCUGGUGGCAGCAAUCUACACUCUGCUACCGAACCCCAUUCAGAGGGCAUUAAAUCCUCUGCUAAUCAACAUGGUUCAAAUGGCAAAAUAGAUGCAGUAGAGAAUCAAGAUGUUGUUCCACAAGGUCAUCAACAUGAAGGAAUAGCAGAAAAUACCCAUGAUAAUGCAAAUGAGCCUAAUGGUGGCAGAGAUUCAGCUCAUGAUAAUGUUGAAGAUCAUGGCCCUAUGCAUCAAACUGGUGGUACAGGAGCCCAUGAAACAGAAGUCAAAAAAGAAGAUAAUCCUGAAGGUUCAGAGACCCAACCACAUUCAGCAACAAAAGGUGCCCAAGAUGGAAAGAGUGGAGAUGAGGAGGCAGAGAUGAAUAAGGGAGAAAAUUCUUCAGAUUUUGGCUCAGGGAAUGGAGAAAAAAAGAAAGGCUGGCUCAGUUCUUGGUGGCCAUCAUGGUUGACAUUACGUAAAAAUCAAAAACCAGUAACUUCAGAUUUAAAAGGUCAAGUCAUGAAUUUGGGACCAGAUACCAUCAAGUCUCAAGGUAAUGAAAUUUCACAAGGAAAUAAAAUGAAUACUGGUAAAGAGGUCUCUACAUCCCAUGAAAAGGCGCAAAAUGAUGGGGGAUUAUCAUCACAAGAUGAGAAGACAAAUAGCAUUGACAAUGCACAAGCUACUGGUUCAGAACCCAAGUCAGAGGUUAUUGAAAGUGAAAUCAAUCAUCCUAAAGGAGAUCAGCAUACACAAGCUGAUGUAAAUAAUGGUGAAGAAUUCAUCUCUGAUACUCAUAAUGGAAUGAAUACUGGUAAAGAGGUCUCUGAACCCCAUGAAAAGGCACAAAAUGAUGGUGGAUUAUCAUCCCAAGAUGAGAAGAAAGGUGUAAUUGGCAAUGAGAAAGUUUCUGGUUCAGAACCCAAGUCAGAAGUAAUGGAAAGCGAUAUCAAUCAUCCUAAAGGAGAUCAGCAUACACAAGCUGAUGUAAAGAAUGGUGAAGGAUUCAUCUCUGAUACUCAUGGAAAUGAAGAAAGUGGUGUGGGAUUAUUAUCUCAAGAUCACAAAAUCAUUCCUAGUGGAAGCAUCCCACACUCUUCUACAGAAACCCAAUCAGAGGACAUUGGAUCUUCUGUCAAUCCAGAUGUUUCAAAUGGGGAAGUACAUGUAGCAGAGAAUAAAAAUGAUGUUCCGCAAAGCAAUCAACACACAGAAAAAGUGGAAAAUCACCAUGAUGGUGCACAUGAUGCCAAUGAUGGAAAAGAGUUCCAAGCCCAAACAUCUCCUCAGGAACAUGGUGAAAAUCAACUUGAAAAUGGGCCCAAAUUAAAGGAAGGUUGGUUUGAUUGGCUCCGGUCAAAAUUUGGAAGAGGUAAAAACAAAAAACCAGUGACUCCAGAUUCACGUGAAGUAAUUGAUACCACCAAUCCUAAAGAUAAUCAGAUUCUAGAAGGUGAUGGAAGAAGUGGAGGAGGAUCUGGCUCUGAAAACCAUGGAAGUGAAGGAAACGGUAGGGAGUCAUCAUUUCAAGAUCACACAGUGAAUUUGGAUGAAAGGGAACCAGCUGUUGAUGGCCAAGAUCCAAAUGGAAAUCAUCAGAAUCCCAAAGGAGGUCCAGAUGAAUCAUCAAGGCAUGAAUCCAGUGGCCCUGAAACUGGUGAAAGAGACACCAAAGAUGGUGAUGAACAUAAUCAAGAAUUUGAUGGUCAAGAUACAAAUGGAAACCAGCAGAGGCCCAAAGGAAAUUCAGAAAACUCAUCAGGAGAUAAUAGCAAUCUUGGAUCCAGUGGACCUGAAACUAAUGGUAGACACACUCAAAAACCAGUUACAGAAAACCAUGAACAACAGAGCCCACACAGCUCUGAAGAACAGGGUCCAACAUCUGAACAGUCUCAAUCUGAGAAUACACCACACCAACAAGCUUCUGGCCCUGAAAGUCAACUUCCUAGAGGAGGUGAGAAUGAUGCACCAAAAGGCCCCCAAAAUCCUGAAAAACCAGGUCAAGGUCCCACUCAACAAGCGGCAGCUCCUGGAAAGCCUCCAAGAGCAAAGCUUAUGGAAAGGAUCAAGUCAUUCUUUUCUUUGUGGGGACAAAAAUUUAGGGAAAUUGUGAAAAAACUUGCCUUCUGGAGAAAAAAGAACCCUAAUGUAACAGCCACUACUACCUAAAAUCAUUUGGUACUAAGUUUCUUUUUAUAGUCUCAAAAACACUCGGAUAGUUGGCUUUGAAUCUUGUGCCCAAUACAUCUUGUUUGUUUUUAUGAAUUCCCCUCAGCUCUCAGAUAUCAUAAAAAAAUUCACUGAGCCAUCAAUUUGGACACUAUUAUAACUAUCAAUCUCAUCUGUGUUUUUGUUUUUAUGACUACUUGGUUUCCUAUUUUCAGAUUUUUCAUUUAUUUUGAGCAUUGUCUCUCAAAAAACAUGAAAAAACUUCUCACUUGAGAUUCAGUUUUGUAGCUGCUUGCUUGUCUCUUCAAAAACUUAAAAAAAUUCUACCAUUCCCUCAUCAAUUUCCCUGAAAAACCCCUUCUGCUAUAACUGGGAUUCUUUUUUCUUUGGAUUUUCUGAUUGUUGGAUAUUGUCAAUAUAUGGUAUACCUGAAAUCAACUCCAAUCUUGUUUACUUUCUGGAGCUGAUUUUAGUAGCAUCUCUUAAGCUUAAGCCAUUAGAGUAGAG